AUGGUUGUCAAGGCUAUCGAGUCGUACGAGCAGUUCAAGAGCCUCAUCGAAGGCGACAAGCCCAUCAUCAUCGACUUCUGGGCUACCUGGUGCGGUCCCUGCAGGGUCAUUGGCCCCAUCUUCGAGAAGAUCUCGGACACCCCCGCCGGCGACAAGAUCGACUUCUACAAGGUCGACGUUGAUGCCCAAGAGAAGAUCUCCGCCGAGGUCGGCAUCCAGGCCAUGCCCACCUUUGUGAUCUUCCACAAGGGCCAGCCCGUCAAGAAGAUCGUUGGUGCCAACCCCAACGCCCUCCAGGACGCGACCAGGACGGCAGUUCUGGUCGCGGAGUUGCCGGAACUUGCGUCUCGUCCGGCCAAGGGCGAUCCGCACUUGGAUGGCCAUCUGACGUCGGCGUCAACCUCGGUUGCGCAAGUGCGAAGAGGCAGCCAAAAGAGGCAUGCUACCGGAUCCAACGGCCUAGACGGCCUCGCACUGGAGCGUUUGCGCCGCUUGGGAUUGCACAAGCCCCCGCCCGCACUUGCUUCGGCUGCGACAGCUCACCGUAAGGUUUUGCCCCGUCCUAGGCUGCCUAUGACGCAGCGUGCGUGCUCUUCUGGUCAAGUGGAACCUCGACCGAUGCUGAUCGAGUCAAAAGCCCCAAGCAGGCGGCUAGAGUAUAUAGACUUCUGCGUCGACCGUCCUCGCGUGCGUCUCAUCUUUCCACCAACCAUCCCGGCGUCGUCAUUCCCAGCGCCUCCUCUCUCUAUUCUCCUUAUCUCCAAAGAUCUCCAUCCCAUCGCAACCACCAAAACGUCAUCCAUAAUGUCCGUCGAAGGUGUCCGUGUGCUCGGCAAGAUCGAGGGUGACCAGGCAUCCAUCCUCACCCCCGAGGCUCUCAGGUUCCUCGCUGUUCUCCACCGCUCCUUUGACAGCACCCGUCAGUCGCUGCUCAAGGCCCGUCAGCUUCGACAGGCCCGAUUCGACGGCGGCGCGCUGCCCGACUUUCUCCCCGAAACCGCUCACAUCCGAAACAACCCUACCUGGCAAUGCGCUCCCCCCGCACCCGGUCUGCGUGACCGACGUGUGGAGAUCACCGGUCCCGUCGACCGCAAGAUGGUGAUCAACGCGCUCAACUCGGGUGCCUACACCUACAUGGCCGACUUUGAGGACUCGACCUCGCCCACCUGGGCCAACCUGAUGGACGGCCAGGUCAACAUGCGCGCCGCCAUCAACCGCAGCAUCGACUUCAAGGUGAACAACAAGGAGUACAAGCUCAAGCCUCAGGGCCAGACCGCCGUGCUGCUCGUGCGCCCUCGUGGAUGGCACCUCAACGAGGAGCACAUUGUCGUCGACGGCAAGCCCAUGUCCGGCUCGCUCGUCGACUUUGGUCUCUACUUCUUCCACAACGCCCACGAGCUCGUCCGAUCCGGCUACGGCCCUUACUUCUACCUGCCCAAGAUGGAGAGCCACCUCGAGGCGCGUCUGUGGAACGACGUCUUCAACCUCUCCCAGGACUACAUCAAGAUGCCCCGUGGCACCAUCCGCGGCACCGUGCUCAUCGAGACCAUCACUGCCGCCUUUGAGAUGGAUGAGAUCCUCUACGAGCUGCGCCAGCACUCUUCGGGUCUCAACUGUGGUCGAUGGGACUACAUCUUCUCGUUCAUCAAGCGCCAGCGCUACAACGCCGGUUCCAUCCUCCCCGACCGUGCCGCCGUGACGAUGACGGUGCCCUUCAUGCAGGCCUACGUCAACCUGCUCAUCCAGACGUGCCACAAGCGUGGUGUCGCUGCUAUCGGUGGUAUGGCUGCGCAGAUCCCCAUCAAGGACAACCCGCAGGCCAACGACGCCGCCAUGGAGAAGGUGCGCGCCGACAAGCUGCGCGAGGUGCAGGCCGGCCACGACGGCACCUGGGUUGCGCACCCUGCUCUGGUCAAGAUCGCGCUCGAGAUCUUUGACAAGAACAUGCUCGGCCCCAACCAGUACCACGUGCGCCGCGAGGAGGUCAAGGUUUCGGCGCUCGACCUGCUCAACUCGAACGUGCCCGGUCAGAUCACUGAGGCGGGUGUGCGUGCCAACGUGGCGGCGCUGCUCGUGUACUGCGCCAACUGGCUCAACGGUCUCGGCUGUGUGCCCGUGGCCAACAUGAUGGAGGAUGCUGCCACGGGUGAGAUCUCGCGCCUGGGUCUGUGGUCGUGGGUGUACCACAAGCAGAAGACGGCCGAGGGCAACGCCAUCACGCCUGCCUACAUCGACCGCAUCCUGGACGAGGAGGCAGCCAAGGUGUCCAAGAUCGGCGCCAGCGUCGAGAAGGCCAAGCGCUACAUUGCCGACCAGGUGCGCGCCCCGGCGCCGGACGAGUUCCUCACCACCGCCCUCUACUCGCACCUGCCUCACCAGCACGCCCCUGCCCGCAUCUAA